AUGCUGAAAAAGGUACUAAAAUCGGUCCAAGCAAAUCUGGACAGAUUGGCCAGCGAAGCCAAAAGAACGAAUGAUAGGCACGAGGAAACCAUGAAAAUCCUAAGGGAAAAUUUCAGCCCAACGGCUCCCAGAAGAAGAGGGAGAACAGAAAACGCAAACCCAAGCCGCCGAGAGACGAGAGCGGAAAACAACAAAAGCAAAGAACCCCGAACCGGAGGGAACGAAGAAAGAAACGAAGCAAGAAACCAACGGGAGAAUGGAACAAGCGACGAGGAAAGCCCGAACGAUAGCAAUAAGUCCAACGAGGAAUCACCAGAGACACCCAGAAAUGAGCAUAACCAGGAGGACGCCCGAAGUGGUUUGAAUUCAAAGAGAGACGAGCGAAAAGCGAAGGAAAAAGAAGACGCCCCACCAAAGAGCAAGCGACAGGACAGAGAUGCAGGAAAAGAACAAACUAAGAAAAAACACCAAGAAGGAGAGGCCGAAUCGUCAGAAGCGCUCUAA